CCCACGCAAAAGACAGAAGAUGGAAAAGAUGAUUGGAACGCACAACGGCACUUUCCACUGCGACGAAGCUCUCGCUGUUUAUUUGCUGCGUCUUACCCAGGAGUAUGCAGGAGCUGACCUGAAGCGUACCAGAGACCCGGCUAUUCUCGACACUUGCACGAUUGUCGUCGAUGUCGGCGGUAUCUACGAUGAAGCCAGACAGCGCUUUGACCACCAUCAGCGUGGAUUUGCAGAGGUCUUCGGUCACGGUUUUAACACGAAGCUCUCCUCUGCUGGCUUAGUCUACAAACAUUUUGGCAAGGAGAUUAUCGCUAACCGGCUCAACAUGACCCUCGACGACCCUCGCAUCGAGAUCCUCUGGCUGAAACUGUACAAAGAAUUCAUCGACGCGAUUGACGCGAUUGACAAUGGCAUCUCCCAGUACCCUGCGGACAUGCCUCCGCAAUACCGCGUUAGAACGGACAUUUCUGCCAGGGUCGGCCACCUCAACCCCGCCUGGAAUCAGCCAGCUGACGCAAAGACCGUCGACACGCUAUUCCUGAAAGCAUCUGCCCUCGUCGGAGGCGAGUUUGCUGGCAGACUCGAAUAUUACGCAAAUGCUUGGCUCCCGGCCCGCGACAUCGUCGCCGCAGGUCUCAAAGACAGGGGAAACGUUGACCCUAGUGGUAAAAUUAUCCUCUUUGACGCCUACGCCCCUUGGAAGGAGCAUCUCUUCGAGCUGGAAUGCGACCUGGACAUCGCUGAUCACGAGAAGCCUAUCUACGUUAUCUACCCUGACGAGACAAGUGAUCAAUGGCGCGUCCAGGCGGUGCCUGUGGCUCCCGAGAGCUUCGAAAGCCGCAAGGCUCUCCCUGAAAUCUGGCGGGGUCUCCGCGACGACGAGCUCUCUAAGGUUUCAGGCAUCGACAGCUGCGUCUUCGUCCACGCUAGCGGCUUUAUCGGAGGCAACAAGACUAAGGAUGGAGCUCUCAAGCUCGCCAAGUUUGCGCUCGAGCUCUGAUACUCGUUUGCAUAAGAGCUUCCGGAUUUGUCAGACUUAGGUAAAAUCUGAGCCUCGCAUCCCUUGAUGGGAGAUUCUGCACACCGCGCUGUGCAGGGCACGACUGUCGUGCGAGCUUUUGCUCUUCCUCCAUGAAAUUGGAGGAUCAUGCGCACCGUUUUCCAUGGGGAGAUUUCGCUUAACUGUGCCGUUCCGGUCUAUACUAGGGUCCGAAGGUCGCGGCAUGAGGGGUUGUAUACAGUCUACGUGCGAAAAUGGAACGUUUAUACCUUGAGCUUAUGGUUCAUCCCGUAUUAUGUACCAUUCGGCUGGAAUAAAUCG